AUGGAUGAAGGUGACGGAGCCGAUCAGUUCCACCGUAACGAGGCGAUCUCGGCCGUGGCCGACGACGGUUUUUUGGCCGAAGAGGACGAUGAUUAUGAGGACCUUUACAACGAUGUCAAUGUCGGCGAGGGGUUUUAUCAGUCUAUGCGAAAGAACGAGGAAUUAGGGUUUAGAAAUGAAGUGGUGGAGGAGAAAAAGAUUGAGUCGCCGGAGGUUGCGGCCCCGGAACCUCGCGGUGUUCCCAUACCGGGUGUUGGGGGCGGUAGCGGUGAGGGUACUGGAGGGGGUGACGGAGGGGUUAGGGGUUCUGGGUAUAAUAACAAUAAUAAUAACCAGAAUCUAGGGUUUAGAGGGAACGAGGUGGGUGUGAAAGGGAGUGUUGGUUUGGGGCCCAUUGGGGGAGGAGGUGGGAUUAGAGUUGAAUUAGGGCAAGCAUCAGGCAAAUUGAAUGAGUUUGAGCAGCAAAGUGGAAAUAAUAGUGGUGCUGGGGUUCAAGGGAUUGUUGCUCAGCAGCCGCCGCCACAAUUGCAACAACAACAUCAACCACAGCCUCAACAGCAACAGCAACAGCAACAAUUACAUGCUGCUGCUGCUGUUGGGAAUGUGGGAAAUGAGGGCAUGUUGAGGCAAGCUGGUGGUAUUGGAGGUGGGAAUGUUAAUGGGAUUGGUGGGAAUAGUGGUCCAGGAGGAGGAUUUGGUGGUGGCGGGGGUGGUGGAGGUGGGACGAUAUUAUUUGUGGGUGAUUUGCAUUGGUGGACUACAGAUGCAGAGCUGGAGGCAGAGUUAUGUAAGUAUGGACCGGUGAAGGAAGUGAAGUUUUUUGAUGAGAAAGCAAGUGGGAAGUCAAAAGGAUACUGCCAGGUUGAGUUUUUUGAUCCUGUUGCUGCUACAGCCUGCAAGGAUGGGAUGCAUGGGCAUGUGUUUAAUGGGCGGCCAUGUGUUGUUGCUUUUGCAUCACCAUAUAGUGUUAAGAGAAUGGGGGAGGCUCAAGUAAAUAGGAACCAGCAGGUAUCCCAAACUGCAGUACCUCAAACUGGUGGGAGGAGGGGGCCUAAUGAUGCUGGGAAUAAAACUGGUGGGAGUAACAUUGCGACAGGGGGAAAUUAUCAAGGUGGGGAUAACAAUAGAGGUUACGGGAGAGGUAAUUGGGGGAGGGGUAAUGCUCAGGGUAUGGGAAAUAGAGGACCAGUUGGUCAAAUGAGGAAUAGAGGUGGUGGGAUGGGUGGCAGAGGUAUAAUGGGGAAUGGUGGAAAUGGGUUUGGGCAAGGUAUUGGUGCAACCCCUCCUUUGUUGCACCCUCAGCAAAUGAUGGGUCAGGGUUUUGAUCCAGCUUUUGGUGCACCAAUGGGGAGAAUGGGGAGUUAUGGAGGCUUUCCUGGUGCUCCCACGCCUCCUUUCUCUGGAAUUUUGUCUUCAUUCCCACCUGUUGGGGGUGUUGGGCUGCCUGGAGUAGCCCCUCAUGUGAAUCCUGCAUUUUUUGGCAGAGGGAUGCCUAUGAAUGGAAUGGGAAUGAUGCCAACAUCAGGUGUUGAUGGGCCUAAUAUGGGAAUGUGGUCUGAUCCUAAUAUGGGUGGAUGGGCUGGUGAAGAGCAUGGUGGUGGGAGAGCUGGGGAGUCUAGUUAUGGUGAAGAAGCUGCUUCUGACCAUCAAUAUGGUGAGGUUAGUCAUGAUAGAGGAGGCGGGUGGCCAAAUGCCACAAAGGAGAAAGAUAGAGGUUCGGAGAGGGACUGGUCUGGAUCUUCUGAUAGAAGGUAUCGGGAUGAUAGGGAUCAGGGAUAUGACAGGGAUGCGCCUAGAGAGAAAGAUGUGGCUCAUGACCAUGACUGGUCAGAACGAAGAUAUCGUGAUGAUGGUGAUGUUAGUCGAGAACGGGACAGAGAGCGUGAUAGGGGCCGAGAACGUUCUCGAGAUCGUGAUCGUGAUAGAGAUCGGGAACGAGAACGGGACCGUGAUAGGUACAGGGAAGACCGAGACAAAUAUACUGAUCAUCAUAAGUACAGAGACCGUGAACCGGAACAUGAGGAUGAAUGGGAACGGGGAAGGUCAUCGAGGACUCACAGUAAGGCACGUGUAUCUCAAGAGGAUAACCGUCGGUCAAGAUCAAGGGAUGCUGAUUAUGGGAAGAGACGGCGGCUUACUUCCGAGUAA